AGAUGAGGGGAGUCGAGACUCCCGCGCCCCACCACCCCCGGCGGAGCUGCUGCUGAGCCACUCAGUCUGAGCCCUGGCUACUAAUAAAGUUCGUUUAAAAAUCAUAAUCAUUCUUAAGAGAGCGAAAGAGGGUGCGAACUAGCUGUUCUGCCCCGCAGGGAGAGCUGGCGCGUCGGAAGGAGGCAGCGGCGGCAGCGGUUGCGCCGCGACCAGGAGGAGCCGGCGGCGCCGGGCGGCGGGUCCGCGGCCGGCGGGGGACGGUGAGUAGCGGCUCGCGCUGCGGUGCAGCGGCGCUGCACUCACUCGCCCUCUCCAGGGGCUGGGGGUUCGUCCGGCUCCACUGGGGAACAGUCGGCUUCUCCCCGGGGUCCCGGGUUGUGCCUUACUCUCCGGAGUGGGCAGGGGUAUCGAGGGCAGGGGCCUCCAGGCCCGGCUGCCCCAUCUCCCGGUUCGGACCGCCGAGCGCCGGCUCUCCAGUCCCUGAGCACCCAUCCCAAGUUCCAGCUAGAGAAGGUGGGCGGCAGCGCCAGCCCGGCGCCCCCUCCCAGCUCCCAGCGAUUUGAGAGGGAAGAUCUGAUCUCCUGGAAUUAGAGUUGGUACAGAAACCAUUUCAGCUCAAAAAAUGUUGGAGGAAGAUAUGGAAGUCGCCAUAAAGAUGGUGGUUGUAGGGAAUGGAGCAGUUGGAAAAUCAAGUAUGAUUCAGCGAUAUUGCAAAGGCAUUUUUACAAAAGACUAUAAGAAAACCAUUGGAGUUGAUUUUUUGGAGCGACAAAUUCAAGUUAAUGAUGAAGAUGUCAGACUAAUGUUAUGGGACACUGCAGGUCAGGAGGAAUUUGAUGCAAUUACAAAGGCCUACUAUCGAGGAGCCCAGGCUUGUGUGCUCGUGUUCUCUACCACAGAUAGGGAAUCUUUCGAAGCAGUUUCCAGCUGGAGAGAGAAAGUAGUAGCCGAAGUGGGAGAUAUACCAACUGUACUUGUGCAAAACAAGAUCGAUCUCCUGGAUGAUUCUUGUAUAAAGAAUGAGGAAGCUGAGGCACUGGCAAAAAGGUUAAAGUUAAGAUUCUACAGAACAUCAGUGAAAGAAGAUCUAAAUGUGAAUGAAGUUUUUAAGUAUUUGGCUGAAAAAUACCUUCAGAAACUCAAACAACAAAUAGCUGAGGAUCCAGAACUAACGCAUUCAAGUAGUAACAAAAUUGGUGUCUUUAAUACAUCUGGUGGAAGUCACUCGGGUCAGAAUUCAAGUACCCUCAAUGGUGGAGAUGUCAUCAAUCUUAGACCCAACAAACAAAGGACCAAGAAAAACAGAAAUCCUUUUAGCAGCUGUAGCAUACCCUAAGAUGUUUUGGGAGGAAAACAAUUGAAUUACAUUGUGCAAUUCAUUAAGAAACCCAUCCAGCCGUCAUGCUAUGUUACAAGGUUUUCAGCAGACUUUGCACCUAAUGGCUGUCUGAAAGUGACAGACUUAAAUAUUGCUCUGCAGUGCUUUUCAGAAUGUAGAGUGAGACCUCUGGUGGAAAAAUUAUUGCCCUGUGGACUCCUUUAAUUUUUGUUACAUUAGACGAAGCUUCUCCUGUUUUUAAAGGAAUGCUAUAAGAAAUUUCAAACACAGGUUUUGCUGAAUUUUAAAUGCUGGAAAACAAAUGAAAUGCCUAAAUAUAUUGUUACAGAUUUUAAUACUGUGGAUCAAGGAAAGAUAGCAAGCAUUAUUUUCCUGAAAUUGGUCAUGUAGCUUCUCUGCGAAAUAGUAUUGAAUCUGAAUACUUUCACAAAAUAAUACUGAAAGGUAAACCCUGAAUCUUGCCAGACUGCUUUGGCAUUGAAACUUGUGCAAUAUCUGUGUAAUGUAGAAUGUGGGGUGUGCAUGCAGAUGUCUGGUACUGGAGUAAGCUGAAGGUAUGUGCAGUAUUUAAGAAAAUGUACAUUCUAAUUAAUUCACUUAUAAAACCAUUUACAUAUUGUGUACAUGUUUUUGUUUUCAAAUGAGAAACUCAACAUAUAUUCUGCAAAAUGAGCUUGGUUUUAAAAAGUGCUUUGUGCCAAAAAUAUCGUACCUAAUUUUUAUAGUGCUUUACUAUCAGAAUUUAUAUUGUUUAUUAUAUCUUUUAAAAGCAGUAAGCAGUUUUCAUCUGACAGCGUAGAUAAAAGAGGAGUAUAGGAAUUUGAAUGCUAGAGCAUCUCCCAGGUGAGCCUUAUUGCAAAUCUUUUUGAUAUAGUCACCCAUAAGCAUAGUGAGCUCCUGCUGUUAUAAGGUCAGCCAAAGCCCCUUAAGAAGGUACACAGCACAUCUGCAAUCAUUCAGGAGGUCCUGUGAAGUGUGGUGAUGCAUCUAACACCUUUUGCUGCUCACUGAGAACCCAGCUUUGAACUUACAAGAUUAUACUAACCAUUUUUAAAGUGCACAAAAAUAUUAUUAUUAGUCUUAACUAAAAUUACAGAUUUUAUAAUGCCCUGCAACUCUAAACCAUCCUUUUGUUUACACAUUUUUGUAUGGUAUUUUAAGAUUAUCACUUCAACAUUUCUAUAACCUUCAGUUUGUAUAGCACUUUCUCAAGAGCUGUCAGUCCCACAUACAAAAUCAUUUCUUUUACAAAAUGAUUUAAUAUGUAAUCGUGUCAGAACAUAAAUUUUGUCACUUGGGACAGUAGCUUUCCAGCUAAGAUAAUUGCGUGAACUCUGUUAAAACUGAUUAUCACUCAUCAAUGGCUUUAUUUUUAACCUAUAAAUAACCCCUUUCAAUAUACCUGGUGUUUACAGCAUUGCAAAAUCUGUAAAAAUAACUUUUAUUGGAAAAUGUGUCAUGAAGUCCUCUUUCAUUAUUUGUACUAAACAAUGUUUCACGUACUCCUUUCGUGUUUUACCUUUUGUUUUUUAAGUCUUCCAUCUGUACUCCCCUCAUCCUCCUAAUGUUGAGAAAAUCAAAUUUCCUGGGUGUGUCCUUGUUAAGUGAUCAAAAGUAAAUGUUCUCUUUGCCAUUUUAGAUUGAAAAAUAAUAAAAAAAAUUAAAAAGAGUAAAUUUUCGCUUUUCAUUAUAUUGAAAUGAUCUGGCAUUAUCUAUUUCACAGUAAUGUAAAAUGUUUAUUUUUAUGUCACCACUCCCAUUGCUGAUAGCGACAUAGGUUUUGGGGGCAAAACUCAGUUCCUAACAGUGGAUACUGCUAAUGAGUCAUCUUUUCUACUCUCUUCAAAUAGUCUAAUUUUUGCACAAAAUAAUAUUUUGCAGCAAAUAGUCUUUUGUCUUUUUUUUUUUUUUUUUUUUUUUUUUUUUUUUUGAGACGGAGUCUUGCUCUGUCACCCAGGCUGGAGUGCAGUGGCGCGAUCUCGGCUCACUGCAAGCUCCGCCUCCCGGGUUCACGCCAUUCUCCUGCCUCAGCCUCUCCGAGUAGCUGGGACUACAGGCGCCCGCCACCACGCCCGGCUAAUUUUUUGUAUUUUUGGUAGAGACGGGGUUUCACCAUGGUCUCGAUCUCCUGACCUCGUGAUCCGCCCGCCUCGGCCUCCCAAAGUGCUGGGAUUACAAGCGUGAACCACCGCGCCCGGCCUGUCUUUUGUCUUUAUUGGCAGAAAAAUCACUUGUUAUAUGUGUUCUAGUUCUUUUUCAUAUUAGUUGUGUGGCUAAAAGCAUGUUACCUUUCUAUAUUAAAAAAAAGUAAUCUCUGAGGAUAGUUGCAGUUCCUGUAAUAUAAUUUUAUGUACUUAGUUUUAUCUUUUUUAAGUAAGAACUGAAGAGAGAUCUUUGUUACAUAUUUGAAUUUUUAAUUUGCACUGCUGUAUUUUAAACCUAACCAUAAUUAGUCAUUUAAAAUAAUAAUUAAGUAGGCCUGAAAGCCAUGUUAAUUUCUCAAUUUAAUCAAUUCUUAAAGCCUUCAAAAAUUGACAUUUUUUUCCUCUAAGACCCUUCAUUCUCUUAAAUAACUUUAAUUUUAUGAAACCAUGUAUACUAAAGAAAAACUUUUCCAAGAUUCCAGGUGAUUGUGCAUUUGUGCUCUACUUUUUUAACAUUACAGCUAAUCUUUUGCAUAGACAUAUCACUGUGGAAUAACUGCCAUAUUUCAGAGUUCCUCAGGUUUCCUUUUCCUUUUCCAGUCUCUGUCUAUGAAUUAAAUAGUAUACAGAAUAACCCAUAUAAGGCAAUAUAGUUAGUUAAAUAAAACCAGGUUAAAUGAUUUCCUUUGUAUCUGCCCAAAGUUGAUAACACACAUGUACUUUUUCAAAAUAAAGCUAAAACCACCACAAAGAGGAUAAAAACUUUCCUCAUUAUGGAGUGAAGUUUUAGGUGGUUGCUUUAGAAGUUGGCAGUGCAGUGCUCAGAAAGAACUCUCAAUAACAUGUACUCCUUGGAGUUUUAGGAAACUGGACCUUUUCUGAAGACCUUAGAAUAGGGAAUUGGCCGUAGGACCUAAUGUCCCAACUUAGUGUUGGACCCUUUUAAUAUAAGAUACUGUUAAUUAUACUUUUCAAAACCUUUGAAAUAAAUAGUUACUGGUAACCUGAUAAAAUGUUCCCAUUAAUCUAUCAUUAGUCUCUCUGAAAACAAAAUGAACUGAUGAGGUGAAAGCUUGUUCCACAUGGCACCUACCUAAUGAACAGGACUUAGUUUUAACUGUUAAGAAUGUCACGUGUACUUUUGUCACUCCUUAGGUUUUCAGCUAUAAAACACGUAAGUCUAUCAUCAUCAUACAGAUGAAUUCAUUUGCUAACAAAAUAUUUAAAACCCGCAAUAGACUCUGAAAUAUCCAGUCAUCAAACUCCUGGCUAACUGGAUGAUUUGGCUAUAAUAAUCUUUAUUAGGUAGUGCUUCUUUUCAUCUCUCUCUCGAAAUAUCUACAGUAGGAUGUUAGUAAAUGGUCUUUUAAAAACAAAAAAUUGGGGAUAAAAGGAAUACUGAAUUCCUUCUGUAUUUUUAUUACUAAUAAAUAAUGCUUUUGUAAAUUUGAAUGGAAAACCACUUGUAUGUAUUGCCAUUUGGUUGCAGUUAUACUCUGGAGCUUGAUUUAAAACACUACUCAAUAAAAAUUUCAUGAAGGAUGAAUUCCAAUAAUCAAAAAAUAAAUGCAUUUCAAAGCUAAAA